AUGUCAAAAUUUGAGUCAAACGUAGAAGACAAAUAUCGCAGUGGAAGGCCAAAAAUUUACGAGGAUGCAGAAGUGGAGGAACUAUUGGAGGAAGAUUCACCUCAAACACAAAAAGAACUUACUCUACCAUUAGGAGUCACUCAGCAAGCAGCCUCACGUCAUCUAAAAUCAUUAAGAAUGAUUCAUAAACAAGGAAGUUGGGUUCCACACGAAAAAAAUAUUCUUCUGCAUGACAAUGCUGGUCUACAUGUUGCAGCUCCCGUGAAAAAGUACUUGGAAACACUCGAUUGGGAAGUGUUACCCCACCCGCCGUACGCCGGGCCCUGUCGGGCCGCCGACGGCGCAGCGGUUCACAUCUUAUGA